AUGGCCACAGCAACCAAAGACGACCUCAAACAUUGGACACUGGAAAUCGUCAACAGCAUCAACACCCGCGACUUGCUCACACCCGUCAGUCGCUACGCAUCUCCAGACUACUCAUACGAGAACACCGAGGACGAUGGCUCGAUACUCAAAGUCAACGCUUCAGACAUGAUGCGUCUCCGCGACAUGUACUUCAAGAAUUUGAGCCCGGACGUCUUCGCCGAUGUCAAAAGCACGGAGGUGCAUAUUGAUUGGCAUUUGCGCUCCGCGACGGUGUGGGUUGGGCUUGUUGUGCACAACGAUGCCAGAGGAGUGUUGAGGGAGAGGAUGAAUAUCUUCUAUUGGAGGUUGGAGAAGGGGGCCGAUGGCAGGGAGAAGUGGGUUUGGUGGAAGGAGCAUACUUCUGCUGGCUUUGCACCGCAAGCCGAUGCUGGGUAG